GUCCGGCUGCUAUUGCCCACGUCAGUGUCGGGUCUGAGUUUUGCGCCAAGCGUGUGAGAGGGAUGAGCAUUUGCUAUUGCGCAAUCGACUUGGUUAUUCCACAGAGAAGUUUCAGCUCUAUGCCCGCGAGUGCGUAGUGUUCUCCGCUAGGCGACACCUCACUUCUAAGAAGCUCAAGGCCGCAGUUCGAGCUGUAGCAUCAGUGAUUAGUGGCGUAACGAGUUGAAUCGUCUGCUAAAUCCAGAUUAAGUCACAUUCGACUAGCCUCGGAAAUGCGCGACGCGAGUGAACACUAGACGUCGCGAACCUCGCUAACUAGCUCGUCAGCGAUCCACGUUGUCAGCUUAGAGAGCGUAGUCAUAAACAGAAACAAAAAGAUAGAAAGAUGCGAAGGAAGGCUAAAUCAACUGGGCGGGAUUUAGAUCCAGCCAUGAGGGCUGCGGUUGUCCUCGCUAUAGUGAUGAGCGCCGCUUCGUUAGUAGCAGCGACGGACUGGACGGGGAUCGCGAUGAAGCUGGAUCCGAGCAAUCAGAUCCUAUCCACGUGGGACAGCAACUCUGACGCGUGUGCCAACCCGCCAUUCAAAGGGGUGAAGUGUAACGCGAAGAACGAGGUGGUUGAGAUUUCGCUACGCAGCCUCGCGCUGUCGGCGAAGUGCCGCCCGAAAUCGUUCAGAUCAACACGCUCACGUGGCUAGACCUCGGCGAAAACUCGCUGCAUGGUAACAUCCCCGUCGACAUCGCCAACCUUCCUUCACUGAUGCCACAACAUACUCUCCGACACCAUCCCCGCGUCUCUCGGCGACUUACCCAGCUUAAAUUCCUCGAGCUGAACAACAACCAGCUCUCGGGCGAGAUCCCCGCGACGGUCGGGAAUUUAAAGCGCCUUAAGUCUAUUUCCCUCGCGCAUAACCAGCUACAGGGGCGCGUUCCGCGGGACUUAACUACCUCCGCGAGAGUAACGCCAAGUAUAAUUUCUCCGAGAAUGGGUAUGGCUUCUGCGGGACGGCUUUAAGGGACUCGAUACCUGCCUGGCGACCCGCCGUACGUCUCUAAGAAAUCCCCGCCGCCCAAGGUCAAGCCGCCUGUGAAGCCGGUCGUUAAACCGCCGUCGUUAAACCUCCCGUCGUUAAAUCGCCACCUCCUAAGGUUACCCCGCCGGUGGUCAAGCCCCGACAAAAACGCCGACUCCAUCGCCGACAAAACCGCUCCCCUUGCCGACAAAACCGCUCCCGUCUCCUGCUAAGAGCCCCGACCCUUCAACCUCCGGGCCUUCCGCCUCGCCGAGUUCCCCCGCGCCGACCGUCUCCCCUUCCCCCG